AUGGAAGCCGUUCCAAAACUACCUUUGAUAAGUUUUGAAUUGAAAACUAGCCCGGAAAAUACGCAUUUUGGUCCAAAAUUAAAACAGUAUAUAAGUGAAGCAUAUCGGGAGGAUCCUGAGAGCUACAGUAAUGAGAUUCAUCAACUGGAAGGGUUGCGAUCGGCGGCUGUACGUCCCAGUUUGGAUACAACCGGGCUGAGUGCUCUUCUCAGAUACUUUUGUCAACUACGAGCCAUACAGAGUAGAUUCCCAAUGGCUAAAGGUCAACCUGUGGCAUGUUCCUUUGCUUGGAAAGAUUUAUAUGCGAAUAUGAGCUGUUCACUAGCUGAUAUAAGAUUUGAAAUGGCUUGCAUCCUCUAUAACAUUGGUGCUCUAUACACCCAGUUAGCUGCAUCAGAGCCUCGUACAUCAGUUGAUAGUCUCAAAGCUGCAUGUACUAAGUACCAGAAUGCAGCAUGGGCCUUCCAGUCCUUAAGGGAACAAUAUCCACAGCCAGCUGGUGUUGAUGUGUCAACAGAUAUUAUGAGACUAUUUCAAGAGAUUUGUUUUGCUCAAGCCCAGGAAUGUAUACUAGAUAAGAGUAUACAAGACACCAAAAAACCUAGUGUUGUUGGGGCAGUGGCAAUUCAAGUUUUAUUGUUCUAUAGAAAUUCAUUAGCUCUGUUGGGUCCCUCGACUGGAACUGACAAUAUUCAUGAGAUAAUUGGAACUAAGCUAUAUAAUUACUGGCAUAGAUACUUGUCUUUCAAAGCUGCUUAUAUUGGAUGCAUAGUCUGUUUAUACCAAGGGAUGAAUGCUGAAGAGCAACAGAAAAUGGGAGAGAGGGUGGCAUACUAUCAACAGGCAGCUGAUAAACUAAAUGAGGCCAGGAAAUUAGCAAAAUAUAUUGAACCUACACAAAUAACACAGGAGGCUUUGAAUUUCACGAAUGAUGUGGUUGAGGGCAAGAAGAAAGCUGCUAAGAAUGAGAAUGAGUUUAUAUAUCAUGAAGAGGUCCCUGAUAAGGACUUGCUAGUGGAUCUCAAACCUGUGUGCUUAGUAAAAUCUAUAGCUAUUGAUUUGAAUGAUACUGAGAUAUCAGGUCCAGAUAUAUUUUCUCGUUUGGUACCGAUGGAAGCUCACGAGGCAUCCUCAAUGUAUUCUGAGGUGAAGGCUAAAUUGCUCAGGCAUGUCGUCUCACAAGUUGAAGUCAAGAAUACUGAGCUGAUGGAGUUCAUGUCGUCCCUGCAGCUCGAUCAACUGGAUGUGCUGGAUUCAGAUCAAAAGAUACCUCAAGAAAUUGUAGACAGGUGUGCGGCGAUGAAUGCUAAAACGGAAAUAAUACAAACCCUAGUGGAUUCAAUGAACAAUUUAGCGGAAAUCAUUAGCGACGUUGAACAUACUUUAGCUGAUAUAAAAAAUCUCAUUCAGGAGGAGACAGAAAAAGAGAAAGAAUACCAGAAAGUGAUUGGUCCCCGUCCCCCGUCCAUAGUGCAGACCGAAUUGUCCCGCGAGUACCACAAGUACCAGGAGGCGCACGCGCGGACCAACGAGAGCAACCAAGUGCUGCACAAGGCUAUGACCCUGCACAUCGCCAACCUGAGACUGCUGGCCCAGCCGCUGGAUGUGCUGCAGGCCAAGAUACCCAGCAUCGACAACAUCGAGGGUUUGGAUCGCACCACAAUGUCGGAACUCCGUCGUGUUGUGGGCAAAGCCAGGGAGAUGCAAGCGCAACGAGAGGCUCUGGUACAAGAAUUGCGGGAAGCUAUUACAGCGGACGACAUCACUGCCAAACUGCUGGCCAGCUCCGAGCCCGCCGACGAGAUGUUCCGCCGUGAACUCGAGAAACACACGCCCAAGGUAAAAAUAAUCGAGCAGAAUCUAGCAGCCCAGGAGAAUAUAAUAAACAAAUUGACGUCGCUGUACGCGUCGUACGGCGACUCGCGACGUCUGCUCUCGGACGUGCUCAGGAAGCGAGAGGGACUCAUCAAUGCGCUGAUAACGUCGUACGACACGUACUCGGAGCUGGUGGGCAAGUCGCACAAGGGGCAGGAGUUCUACCGGCGGCUGGCGCACAGCGCGGCGCAGCUGCUGCAGCGCGCGCGCGCCACCGUGCAGGUGCUCAGCGAGGAGCGCCACCAGUAAUCAACAGCCGCAGUACCCACGACGUCGACGGCGGUAAAAUCUUUAGAUUCUGUCCCGCCGCCCUCUACUGGCGGGUCGAGGAAACUCAAAGACUACUUGCCCUAUAUGAAGAACAGAAACGCCCCGAGAAGUGUCACUCCGCAAGCGCAAGUGGAUCCUGCGGCCGCGGACGCUUACUAUCCUGAAACCAUUUAUCCGACCUCAGUGCGGCCGACGCCUGUUGGAUCCGAAGCGACAGAUUUAUCACAAAUGAAAGUGCCCGACGGAGUGGUGAUGCCGCAAGUUCAGAAUUUCAAUGCGUACAAUCGUUACAAUACUCCCUACGCGUCCAACGAAAGUGAACCUUAUAUCGUGCCGAGUAACUACAAUUAUGCUAUGACCGGCAAACCGUACGAGAAAUCCGAGGAUAACUACUAUUCAACGCCCUACACCCCCCCUCAGUACUCUACGCAAGUGACCGAUCCACAGAUAUACACCAAUCCUUACUACAGCGCGACGCAUAACAAUACAACGAUGAUGACGGACUCGCAAAUCUCUAAUCCGUACGCGCCCAGCGGCCAAGCGACAGUCGACCCUAUCACCGGGCAAUACAAUAUAUACAGCGAUCCAUACGGCGCCGGCCAAACUCCAGUCUCACCGGAAUCUGUACCGCACAACGCUGCGAAUCCGAACGACAUGAACGUGAACUUCGCUCAAAUGCAAAUCUCGUACCCCAAACAGGAGUCGACUCCCCAACCGAAUCCAAACUACGGCGCGGACUACUCGCAAACGUACUACAGCGUGCAAUAUCCGCAGGCCGCCACGCCUAAUAACGCGACAUACAGCCACGCGAUACAGAACUCUAAUACUAAUAUGACACCGUCGCAAAUACCGACGGAUUACUCUUCUUUGAACUACCCUUACAGCGGUGAUACUUAUAAUCAACAACAGGUUCAACCUGUCCAACCGGCAGAACCGGUCCCCCCUGUCGUGUACAGUAGUAGCGCGGAGUACAGCUACGCUACUGGCGCAUACACUAAUAUGCCUCAAGGGUACACUAUCUACACGAACGCAGACAGUGCAAUGACGUCGACCACCAGUGUAUCGAACCCCGCAGUGGGCGUGGCUCAGUACCCUUACCAGGAGCCGGAUCCCGCUGUUUUGUCGCAGCUUGACGCUUACGAUAAACCGAUAAAGUCGCACGUGACCGGCGAAGCUCUGUCGAAUGUCAGCUUUCAAACUCCAUACCGAAGUUUCGAUCAGAACGCAUCCUCGUAUCCCAACCAAAACAUACCCGAUCAAAACGCACAACCGAGCACCCCUUACUCGUACCCCGACCGAUCUGUGAAUUUCGUGCAGACCUACCAGAACCAUCCGGGCUACACUUACAACCAGGCCACAGGAAGUUAUGACUACGCGUACGGCUCCCAGAAUUCGUGCAGCACGAGUUACAGUGUCGAACAGCCUAGUAUGGUCAAUCAGACCAUAUCCAAAGACCCAAAUUUGCCUACACACGGAAUGUAUACAAACGCGGGUUCUUGCGAAACGGUUCAGUCGCCUUCUGAGAUGACUGAAAACAUGUUGCCGCAGCAGAUCGGUGUCGAUCAGACUUAUUAUAAUGCACCCUAUGGAUAUCAGAGUACGGAUCAAUCUAACGUAUCGACUGUUAGCUCCCAACCGGUUUCGACUAAUUAUGGUGCCAGUGUGAAUCAAUCUACGUAUAUGCUGUCCGGGCAGGGGCACGAUACUAGUGUCACGUAUGCGAACGAUCAAGUCUCAUCUCCGAAAGAGGAGAUUCAGCAACCGCCAAAUUUCGAUCAACAUUCAAAUGUUUGUAACGAACCUGCACCGGUUUCUGCGGAAAGUUUAAAUAGACAACCCGAAAAACAGGUUGAAAUGCAACAGGAGGAGAAACAGGAGCCGUCAGUGUUUGAUCUGUUAUCAGACAUAGAUUUCAGUGUCGAACAGAAACCGCUCAUGCCUGAGAUAAAGGUGCCGCAGAUAUCGGAGAAGGCCAUCGUGAAACCGGUGGUUGUGCCUAAAUCGGAACCGGUACAGAAACCGAUAAUCAAAGAGGAAACCAUAGUGCGACCGCCGAGAAGGGAUUUGUUUUCGGACCCGAUGCUGUUGAACAGUUUCACGCAAGAGGUGAAGGAACUUCAAAAAUUAGUAGAAAACUUUUCCAACAAGGCCUCUAGUGAAUGCUUAGAUGCCAAAUGGAACAUUUAUCGGGCUGUUCAAGAAAACACCAGCAUGUGUAAAUCUAAAUCGAUAGCUCUUAAACACGGCGAGGGCCAUAAGCCUACAGACGUGGUGCCGUACGACGACUCUAGAUUAACGCUCAAGUCUGACCCCGAGGCUUAUAUCAACGCUUCAUAUUAUAAGCAAUUAGCUUCUUGGUGCAUACCACUGGUGAUCUCUAAAAAUCCCUCUGAAAAUGAUUACGCCGUAUUCUGGAAAGCAGUAUUAGAAAACAAUAUUAAAGUGGUCGUAUGUUUGCUGAGCGAAAUUGAGAUGCAAGGCAACUCAUACUGGCCGACGGCUAAAGGUCAGUGCUUGGAGUUGGGAGACGUGAAGGUGACUUUGGAGGAUGUAAAGUGCACGGUGCACUGGACUGAGCGCGACCUUACACUCGCAUAUGGGAGCUCAGUGGCUGCCGUCACGCAUUACCAGAUCACCGUAUUCCCCGAAAAGAUCGUGUGCCCGCCGCUAGUCCUGCUGGCGGACAGAGUGCUGCAGCAGACGUGCCCGGGCGGGCGGGGGCGGGGUCUGGUAGAGGGCGGGGCGUGGCUGCAGGGUGGGGGCGGGGGCGAGGGGCGGGGCUGCGUGCUGGCGCUGCUGCUCAUGGUGAUGUGCCAGGUGCGCGCGGGGCACCUGCAGCUGUGCGAAAUGAUAGAAUCAGGAUGCAUAAACCUAUACAAGAAUAGAUCUAACGUGUUAGAAGACAAGAAGUAUUUGGUGGAUGCAUACAAAACCGCAUUAUUUUACGUGCAAGGAGUCCUAUGUUCGGGUACUACGAUGUUUAACGGUGAGGCUGUCUCGGUACCGUCAGGGGCGGGCGUGCUGCCCCCCGUCACCCCCAUCCCCGCCCCCGCUCCCGCCUCCGCGCCGGCCCCCGCCCACCACAAGGGCAAGUUCUCGCGCGAGUCCUUCGAGGAGAUGAAGCAGUCGCCUGGUCUCAAGAGUGGGGAUAUGAAAGAUCCCCUCAACUUUCUAGAUCCUCUGUGGAGUCUUAAGAAGAAGUGA